UCAUCCCCACUUCUGCGGGGCCAUUACUGCCACUCUGGAAGGCCAUGUUCAGAUGAGCUUGGUGGUAUGGCCCAAUUGCUCGAUCUUUCCUUAGCUAGGAGCUGAUGACCCAGGACUCUCAGGAGUCCUCUCGCUAUCACCGCCCUGGAAGCUACGCGGGCAGUAAGAGCCCCGAGGCCUCCACAGCCGCCGCCAUGUACACCUUCCUGCCGGACAACUUCUCACCCGCCAAACCCAAGCCGUCCAAAGACCUGAAACCGCUUUUGGGCUCCGCUGUGCUGGGCCUUCUGCUGGUGCUGGCCGCGGUUGUGGCCUGGUGCUACUACAGUGCCUCUUUACGCAAGGCAGAACGAUUGCGUGCGGAGCUGUUGGACCUCAACCGUGGUGGCUUCUCCAUCCGCAACCAGAAGGGCGAGCAGGUCUUCCGCCUGGCCUUCCGCUCAGGUGCGUUAGACCUCGAUUCCUGCAGCCGCGAUGGCGCCCUGCUUGGCUGCUCGCGCACGGCCGAUGGGCGUCUGCUGCACUUCUUCAUCCAGACUGUUCGGCCCAAGGACACAGUCAUGUGCUACCGCGUUCGUUGGGAAGAGGCGGCGGCAGGGCGCGCUGUGGAGCAUGCCAUGUUCCUGGGUGACUCGGCGGCGCAUUGGUAUGGUGGCGCUGAGAUGAGGACGCAGCACUGGCCCAUCCGCCUGGACGGCCAGCAAGAGCCGCAGCCUUUCGUCACUAGCGAUGUCUACUCCUCUGACGCCGCCUUCGGAGGUAUCCUUGAGCGCUACUGGCUAUCGUCGCGCGCAGCCGCCAUCAAAGUCAACGACUCAGUGCCUUUCCACCUGGGCUGGAACAGUACGGAGCGCUCGCUGCGGCUGCAGGCGCGCUACCACGACACGCCCUACAAGCCGGCCGCCGGCCGCACUGCAGCGCCCGAGCUCAGCUACCGCGUGUGCGUCGGCUCAGACGUCACCUCCAUCCACAAGUACAUGGUGCGGCGCUACUUCAACAAGCCAUCAAGGGUGCCGGCGCCUGAGGCCUUCCGGGACCCGAUCUGGUCUACGUGGGCACUGUAUGGGCGCGGUGUGGAUCAGGACAAGGUGCUGCAGUUUGCUCAGCAGAUUCGCCAGCACCGCUUCAACAGCAGUCACCUGGAAAUCGACGACAUGUACACGCCUGCCUACGGCGACUUCGACUUCGAUGAGGUCAAAUUCCCCAACGUCAGCGACAUGUUCCGCCGCCUGCACGACGCUGGCUUCCGCGUCACACUCUGGGUGCACCCGUUCGUCAACUACAACUCGUCGCGCUUCGGCGAGGGCGUGGAACGCGAGCUGUUCGUGCGCGAGCCUACGGGCCGGCUGCCUGGUCUGGUGCGCUGGUGGAAUGGCAUCGGCGCCGUGCUUGACUUCACGCGACCGGAGGCCCGCGACUGGUUCCAGGGCCACCUGCGGCGGCUGCGCUCGCGCUACUCUGUGUCCUCCUUCAAGUUCGACGCGGGCGAGGUCAGCUACCUGCCUCGGGACUUCAGCACGUACAGGCCGCUGCCCGACCCCAGCGUGUGGAGCCGGCGCUACACAGAGAUGGCGCUGCCCUUCUUCUCACUAGCCGAGGUCCGCGUGGGCUACCAGUCGCAGAACAUCUCGUGCUUCUUCCGCCUGGUGGACCGUGACUCGGUGUGGGGCUACGAUCUGGGGCUGCGCUCGCUCAUCCCUGCUGUGCUCACCGUCAGCAUGCUGGGCUACCCAUUCAUCCUGCCUGACAUGGUAGGCGGUAACGCCGUGCCCGAGCGCAUGGCGGGCGGUGGCAAUGUCCCGGAGCGCGAGCUCUACGUGCGCUGGCUGGAGGUGGCUGCCUUCAUGCCCGCCAUGCAGUUCUCGGUCCCGCCCUGGCACUACGACGCCGAAGUGGUGGCCAUUGCGCACAAGUUUGCCGCGCUGCGGGCCUCGCUAGUGGCGCCGCUAUUGCUUGAGCUAGCUGGUGAAGUCACAGACACGGGCGACCCCAUCGUGCGCCCCCUCUGGUGGAUCGCGCCUGGUGACGAGACAGCGCACCGCAUCGACUCGCAGUUCCUUAUUGGGGACACGCUGCUCGUGGCGCCGGUGCUGGAGCCAGGCAAGCAGGAGCGCGACGUCUACCUCCCUGCUGGCAAGUGGCGCAGCUACAAGGGUGAGCUUUUCGACAAGACACCGGUGCUUCUCACCGACUACCCCGUCGACCUGGAUGAGGUCGCCUACUUCACUUGGGCUUCCUGACCCAGGCCAGGCCCCAGGAACCCCACAGCCCUAACCCUAGCCUUCCUCCAGGUCCUUAACCCUCUGUCACACCCGCACUGUGUACCCCCGGCAAGCCCCACUUUUGUGCCACCCACUAAAUGGGUGCUGACAGUAAAUGUGCUCAAGACAGCUCCUGUGGGGCCCGGGGAGGGGGCGCUGAAGUAAAUGCCCACUCAGACAGACAAUCCUAUUACCCCACCUUUCUCCUCCACAUUCAUCUGCAGAAUGGGAUUCAUUCACCUAGAGUGGGAGUGAGAGAGCUCAGAGGAAAAAGGUCAACACUCUUCCUGUUACACAUGGUUGGGUUUUAAAAGCACAAAGAGAAACCUCUCCCUCUGCCCUGGCCUGAGUGGCCAUCUUUGUCCUUCUGAGGUGGGAGCUUGAACCCCUUUAAAGUCCUAAAAUAGUCCCCUGCUAUACUUAGAUAGAGCACAUUCUGGAGCUGAAAGCCAAGCCCUGAGUUCCAGCACUGGUCCUUGUCUCUGAGGCUGAACUGUGGCUGACCUGGCCCCACCCCAGCUGGGAAGAAGGGAUGGAGGUGGUUGGCCAACUAACAAAGAGGCAGGAGGUCUCCUCACAGGGUGCAGGAGGACUGGGCUCAGCAUGGAGCUAUUUGUGAAGAGACUGCUAACAGAUACUGCACUAACCCAUCUGUGUACACAUGUAGGCUCAGCCCUGAGCAAGGGCCCUGCACCUCGGCUUGACUGGCACCAAUUUGCAGGGUCAUACAGGCCAGACUUGGUGCCUUAACUCAAGAACCUUUAUGUGUGUGUGAGAGAGAGAGAGGCCAUGUGUCACUGGGUCUCUGGAAUGAACACAACAUCCCUGAGGCUGGAUAAGCCUGGAGGGAGGGGGCAGGGAGCAAAUUUGAGGCUUAGAUUGUUGAACUGGCCCCCUCCCAGGUGGUGACCCUAGGACUCUGGUAGGAAAUAAACAGCCCUUUCAAGAUUCCUUAGCUGCCUCACUCUCUGCACUUGUGGCAGGGGUGUGGCCUAACAGGGAAAGAUAUUCUGGUGAUGAUGUGCCCCAGUACAGGAGCUGCACUUACACACUGACACCUGCAAAUACACACACAGGGUAAGAUUUUUCAUCUCAGUCAUUUUCUGUUUCUAAGAAAGGCAACUUCAGCAAGAGUGGAGUUUUUCCUGACUUUGCAGCUGAGUCUGGGGAAGGAACAUCUUGCUAGA